AUGGGCUCGGAGCCUACUCCCGCCCCUGCUCGGCAGGCAACGAUCUCUCAGCGGGCUGCAAAAAUCGCGAAAGAGACGGCAGCCAACCUGAUGUGGGACGUGUUCACCAACCUAUAUGACCCCACGACAAACAAGGACGGGUUCGUCAGCGUAGGAGUGGCAGAGAACUUCUUGAUGCAUGAUACGCUACUUGAAUAUAUCCGAACACAUGCAGAACUGCCAGCGCAAUAUCUCACGUAUAAUGAUGGUGGCGAUGGGUCGAGGAGGCUGAAGAUUGCCGCCUCUCGGUUCUUAAAUCGUCAUUUGAUGCCGAUCGUGCCGCUGGCGCCGGAACAUCUCAUGGUUACUAAUGGUGUUUCUGCGGCCAUAGAGCAUAUGUCAUGGGCAUUCACAGAUCCGGGUGAAGGCAUUCUCCUCGGCCGACCAUAUUACGGAGCAUUCGUUCCGGACAUAAUGUCCCGUCCGCAUGCCGAAGUAGUUGCCGUAUCAUUCGACGAGGUUGAUCCGUUCGAGGUGAAAUGUGUUGCUAAAUACGAAAAGGCGUUGCUUGAGUUUGAGGCACGAACUAGCAAGCGUGUCAGAGCUCUGAUGCUCUGUCAUCCACACAACCCGCUAGGACGAUGCUACCCGCGCGAGACAAUUAUUGAGUUGAUGAGGCUAUGCCAGAAAUAUCAGAUCCACCUCAUCAGUGACGAGAUAUAUGCCAUGUCGGUAUGGGAGAAUACCGUGGACGUUGCAGCCAGCACGCCUGCACCAGUCAAGUUCGAGUCUGCACUAUCUAUACCCACCAAGGAUCUGAUUGAUCCUCAGCUCGUUCACGCCCUAUGGGGGAUGAGCAAAGAUUUCGGUGCAAACGGCAUCCGCGUGGGAGUUAUCAUAUCUCAAACCAACCCUCACCUCAUGGCUGCUCUCAAGGGACCCACGCUCUACUCGUAUGUAUCUGGACUCUCCGACCAUAUAGCAGCGAGUAUACUAGAAGACGACGCCUUCACGGAAGAGUAUAUUCGAGCUAACCAGCGCAAGUUAUCGGAGUCCUACGCCAUCGUCGCACGAGCCAUGCAAGCCCACAACAUCGAGUAUGCAACAGGCUGCAACGCCUCUUUCUUCGUAUGGGCUAAUCUAGGCGAGGCAUAUCUUAGAAAUAAGCAGAUAACUCUAUGCGAUGAUGCUCCAACGGACUUGACGCAGACGGUUAUGAAUGAACUUAUAAAGAGGCGCGUGUUUCUGGCCGAUGGCACGGCGUUUGGUUCCGAGAAGCCAGGUUGGUUUAGGAUCGUCUUUUCACACCCUAAACCAUUCCUUGAUGAGGCGUUGGGGAGAAUCAUGGCCGCUAUCGGAGAGCCUGCACCUGCACUCGAGUCUGCUUUGGCAGAUGUAAAGCUCACCUAG